CGUUGAUUGGUCCAUCCCCCCCCUCCUCUGCGCGUGCCCGUGUGCAGACCCCUCCAGCUGUGUGCGUGUCACCGGGAGCCAAUCCGUGGCCCCAGUCCGCCUCGAAGAGCGCAUCCGCGGUCUGGCCCCAUCCCGUCCCCCCGACCACGGAGCGCUGCUUCUCCUCAGUGCCGCUGCGCCGCUAGCGGAACCGUUUUACGCGCGAGCCUCCGCCUCUCCUGUUGCGCCAUGGAGAACUCCAGCCGGCUGGGCGGCGACGCACAGCGCGCUGGCUUGGCAGACUUCACGUCGGGCACCUCGACACAGGUCGCGGAUCCUCCAAAGGGCGCCGCCGUGGCGGGACUGGUGGCCGUCCUCCGGGAAGGCGGCGCGUUCCGGGCCGCCGCCGGCGCGGACUUCAUGGCGGCUCCGCCGACGGAACCCCCUCACCUGGUGCCCGCCUUCUGGGAUUCGCCGCUCAGCCACGGCAUCAACGUGUUCGUGGGACUUGUGCUGUGCUUCACCAUGCUGGGGCUGGGCUGCACGGUGGACGUCAGCCAGCUCGGGGAGCACGUGCGCAGACCCAUCGGGGUGCUGCUGGCGCUGGUGUGUCAGUUCGUCAUCAUGCCCUUGGUGGCCUUCCUGUUGGCUCUCGCCUUCUCUCUGGACGAUGUGGCGGCGAUGGCCGUCCUCCUCUGCGGCUGCUGCCCGGGGGGAAACUUAUCCAACAUCCUGUCUCUGCUGGCGAACGGGGAGAUGAACCUGAGCAUCGUCAUGACCAUCUCCUCCACCCUGCUGGCCCUCGUGCUGAUGCCGCUGUGCCUGUGGAUCUACAGCCGGGCCUGGAUCAACACGCCCGUGGUCAACCUCAUGCCCUUCGGGGCCAUCAUCCUGACCCUGUGCAGCACUCUCAUCCCCAUCGGUUUGGGGGUGAUGCUGAGGUACCGCUACACGCGCGUGGCAGACAUUGUUUUAAAGGUGUCCCUGUGGUCCCUGCUGGUCACCCUCCUGAUGCUCUUCAUCCUGACGGGCGCCAUGCUGGGCCCCGAGCUGCUGUCCGCCAUCCCGCCCUCCGUCUACGCCGUGGCCGUGCUGAUGCCGCUGUGCGGCUAUGCCGCGGGCUACGGCCUGGCCGCGCUCUUCGACCUGCCGCCCAGCAGCCGCCGCUCCGUCUCCCUGGAAACCGGCUGCCAGAACGUGCAGCUGUGCACCGCCAUCCUGAAGCUGGCGUUCCCCCCUCAGCUGGUGGGGGGCAUGUACAUGUUCCCGCUGCUCUACGCGCUGUUCCAGGCGGCCGAGGCCGGCGUCUUCAUCCUGGUCUACAGGACGUACCGGGAGAAGGUCCUGCACAAGGCCGACCCCCUGAGGGACGGCGGGGACGUGACCUACCAGCGCUUUCAGGACGACGAGGAGGACGUGGAGCCGUCUUAUGGCGCCGUGACGGUGCGCGACCCGAACACCAUCGUGUUGGACCCCUGCCCCCCCGACCCCACCCCCGUGUGACGGGAUCCAGGAGAAUAAUCGUCAUCACCAAGAGGAACCUGGAGGACAGGAGAUGAUGUCAUCACGCUUCAUGUGUUCAGUUUAACAAUUCAACGCAAUAACCUGGACGGGACGUCCCGAGCCGAACACGGUGUCCUGACCCGGCCAGUAACACUAAAUCAUGUUUUCUGGUGAUUUAACAGAAAUAAAGUAAGCGUUAGCUCCUUAACCUUUACAACCAAAUACGGAUUUAAUUCUGAAAGUUAAAACUGUUGAAACGAGACUCGUAGACGGAGGCGAACGCCGGUGAAUUAUCCGCGCGCUGGUAUCGUCCUGACCCGGACAGGUGUCCUUCGUCACCGUAAACACGCUUUUUUUCCCCGCGGAUAUUAAACAUUGAUUAAAGCGCCGCCAAAACGACCAUCAAUGAUGUCACCAUAUGCGGGAACCCAAUUCUGGCCUUUCAAAAUAAGAUACUCCGCUUCAACACCUGAAAAUAGUGCAAUAAAAGCUUUUUCCUUCAUCUCGUCGAAGUUAACUUUCCUGCAGCGGUGAGACGUUUGACCCACAGAUUCGUCGACGUGUAUGAAUUAACGCUUUCAAGGCGAUCAAUGAAAAGAAUCCCGGAAAUCCCGGGUCAGGAAACCGUUAAAUCUGUAGAACAGAGUUUCUCCUCGAAGAAUCACACAUAAAUGUGAUUGGUCAUGAAUGUGUUCUUUCAUUUGUUGUAAUUAAAUUAUUUAGCAUGAAAACAAAAACGUGAAAAUCAAGAAGUCGAGAAGAGAAAAGUCAGUGGACUGAAACUUCGACCUGUGAAAGUCACAUUAAUCCUGAAAGCCAAACGGACGAGCAGCUCAACAUGUACAAUAUGUGGAUAUGAAGAACUAAUGUAACCGCUAAAUAAAAAGGUGUAAAAGAC